CAGGCACUACAAGUACAAAUACAAGUGCAGAAAAAGCUUGGGUGUAACUCUAAUGGCGAUAUUCUCCGAAUCGAAUCACCAUCACAACGCUUCCGAUGGGGUGUCCCAGCGAGUCAACAGCCCGCGGUUCUCCGGCCCAAUGACUCGCCGCGCCCACUCCUUCAAGCGCAACACUGACGGCGCCAACUCCAACGGCGGCUCCGGUGAGGUUGAGCUCCAAAUCAACUCGCCCAGAUCGGAAGAGGCGUCGGAGGGUGUUCCAGUGGGGAGGCACAGUCACAAUCACGUGACCCAGAGAGUGCAUGUGAGGGGGCUGUUGAAGAAGCCCCUUGCUUCCAUCGUUGAGGAUUUGGGGUUUAGGGAAAAGAAGAAAAUUGGGCACUUGAUGUUCUUGGCGUUCUGUGGGUUGUGCAUCUUCAUUGGUGUUCUCAAGAUAUGUGCCACUGGCUGGCUUGGAUCUGCCAUUGAAAGAGCUCAAUCAGAUAAGGAACUGCCUGACUCCAUUGCUAGUCUAAAUCUAAUGGACAAAAGCUCCCUUGGUUAUGCAUAUAGGGGGGGAGCAAGUGAUGUUGAACGAACAUUAAAAACAUUAGCAACGGGAGUAGGUGGCAGCCAUACUGCCAUGGCUGAAGAUCCAGGGAUCUGGUCUAAGCCCAACAGUGACAAUUUCACCCAAUGCAUAGAUCUUCCAAGUAAUCGUAAAAAGCUAGAUGCAAAGGUCAACGGCUACAUUCUAGUAAAUGCAAAUGGUGGUCUGAAUCAGAUGAGAUUUGGGAUAUGCGAUAUGGUUGCUGUUGCUAAGAUUAUGAAGGCAACGCUUGUUCUUCCUUCUCUUGAUCACACCUCCUAUUGGGCUGAUGAUAGUGGCUUCAAGGAUUUGUUUGAUUGGAAGUAUUUUAUUCAUAUGCUGAAGGAUGAUGUACACAUAGUUGAGAAAUUACCUCAUGCUUAUGCUGGAAUUGAGCCUUUCCCAAAAACUCCAAUAUCUUGGUCCAAGGUUCCUUAUUAUAAGACUGAGGUUCUUCCCCUCCUAAAGCAGCACAAAGUGAUCUAUUUCACUCAUACCGAUUCCAGGCUUGCCAAUAAUGACAUUCCACAUUCCAUACAGAAACUAAGAUGCCGUGUAAAUUACAGAGCACUGAAGUAUUCAGCUCCAAUUGAGGAAUUUGGAAACACGCUAGUAUCUAGGAUGCAACAGAAUGGAAGUUCGUAUCUUGCCCUUCAUUUGAGAUAUGAGAAGGAUAUGCUUGCAUUUACAGGAUGCAGUCAUAAUUUGACUGCAGAAGAAGAUGAAGAACUGAGACAGAUGCGAUAUGAAGUCAGUCACUGGAAGGAGAAGGAGAUUAAUGGGACUGAGAGGAGAUUGCUAGGAGGUUGUCCAUUAACUCCAAGGGAAACUUCCCUAUUGCUUAAAGCAUUGGGUUUUCCAUCACACACCAGGAUUUAUCUAGUAGCUGGAGAUGCAUUUGGAAGAGGGAGUAUGAAAUAUCUCAAGGAUGAUUUCCCCAACAUUUUCUCUCAUUCCUCUCUGUCCUCUGAAGAAGAGUUGAAUCCUUUCAAGAAUCAUCAGAACAUGUUGGCCGGUAUAGACUAUGUUGUCGCCCUAAAGAGUGACGUUUUUCUUUACACUUAUGAUGGAAAUAUGGCAAAGGCGGUACAAGGUCAUAGGCGCUUUGAAAACUUCAAGAAGACCAUCAAUCCAGACAAGAUGAAUUUUGUUAAUCUUGUUGAUCAGUUGGAUGAAGGAAAAUUUUCAUGGAAAAAGUUUAGCUCCAAGGUCAAAAAACUGCACGAAGACCGAAUUGGUGCUCCAUACCGAAGGGAACCUGGAGAAUUUCCAAAGCUGGAGGAAAGUUUUUAUGCAAAUCCUCUGCCAGGAUGUAUUUGUGAAACAAGAUAGCAGUAGAGACGCCACUCAAGGUUGUCUGUCUUAUGAUGUCAUGGCAGAGCUACAAUCAAAAGACACAAACUAUCUGAUAUAUUCCAUACUUCUGUCUUGAGGAGAUAGCAAUGUGCUCGGCUGUCUGGUAAGGUGCUAUGAUUUCCUGGCUGUUGGGAUAAGAUUAUAAAUAGCCAAGGUGGGGGGAUAAGAAACUGAGAUUCCUAGCAGCAGUAUUAAAUUUAAGGAUCGAGCACGGGCAGGCCAGAGUAUACACUGUCAAUACAUGCAAUAGAAAUUAAACACCAUACCUUUUUAAGCAGACCUCAUCUCUAACCACACUUAUGAAUGGUUUUUCUUUCUUUCUAGAUUAUAUUUUAUUCAUUUCUUGUACUAAUAGCAGGAGAAGGGGGUGGGACUGAAUAAGUUGUAUUCUUGUUGUACAAUAAGAUUAAAGAAUAGAAAUCUAGUUUCAUCGAUUUUUUAAA